GGGCUACUAGCCAUGUGGGUCACUCCCGAGUGGGUCUAGAACGCCAUUCUCGAAUACUUGCUAUUUUUAGCAGGUUGGACUCAAAAUAACGUUUGGGCCGUCCGACCUUACUCGGACUGUCUUGAAAGGUCAUGUAUCACAAUUUGGAUAAUGUUGGGCUCUUUUAUUUAUUAAUAAGACCCAAAAAGUAUUUGCAUGCCCGUCACUAAUAUACGAGUUCGAACAGUACACUAAUCGAUCAUUAAUUACGUAAAACAUUAAUCGUUUUACAAUUGUUUGGGAAACAGAAAUCCAAUACAUAAACUUUGAAUUUUUAAAUCAAAUUUUCAAGGACGUUCGGGCGCGGUGUCACAGAACCUAUACAAUGAAGAUUCGUUAUCAAGUUCCAUACGGCUGAUAAAGAAGCGCCUUACUCACGGGAAAACAGGAAGGUACCAUUACCGGUGAGACGUGCUUUAAGCAUCAAAACGACGUCUUAUCCCCAUCAUUCAUUCCUACUCAGAGGAUACUGAUCGAGAGCAGUUUGGAAAAGGAAAAGGCAUUAUUUGACGAUUGCGAAGACUUCCAAGAAAUAAGCCAGACCUACCCCAUAGGUACAGAAGCUGAUCUUGUCAGUUCCUGGGUAAAAGGCGCAGCAUCAGGUCCAACUGCACAUGCACAAGCCUCCCUUAGCCACUAUGCUGCCUCCCAACAGGCAGCAAUUUCAACAUUACGGGAACUCAUACCCACCUCUUUGCCCCCCACGAAGCAGUCGAUGAUAUACUUAGUGGUUAACCGCCCCUGGCCACUAUCCUUCCUUCAACCACGUUGAGUCUAGGUGUCACACUCCCUACAUUUUCUGAUUUUUCUAGGACACCUACACUACUCACACCACCCGGUACAAGUCCACUAUACCUGUCUGCAACGAUCGAAGAUAAACUAAUGAUGAUCGGAAGUCCUACUGCACAACAAUUGAUUCCAUCAUUAUCUGCAGGCCACACACCAGUACUCUUUAUUGAUGGUGUGAGAACGAUUUGCACCCCCGGCCCGCAACCGGAAACCUUGACCCUAUAGCCUUUACUGACUUUCUGGAUCGUUAUCUUGAGUCCACCAUAAUGCCACAGGUGCACUCUGAAAAGCCGCAAGAGCAAGGACUCUAGACAAACCCAAGCGGUUCAGAAUGAUCAAAUCCAACCCCAACCACAGCCCACACCCUCUCUCUCACAACCAAAAUCAACCCCCACCUUAUCCUUACCAACCUCUGAACCAUCUGCCACCAAACCUCAAACACCUACCACAUCUCGGGGAACCCAGGAUACAGAAUGUGUGUCCUCCCACCUCGACCACACCAUACCCUAACCCUUAUACCAUUCCACUAGAUGACCUAAUCUCUAUCAUGCUAGCCCGACUUAUAUCAAAAGAAGACAACCUUAACCCCAAGCAGUUAGCCCAUCUCAGUCUCCUUCAAACCCAAAGUGCAUGUCGUGACAGCCUUCGCGACAACAAACGUUCGCAUGAGGACCCCGAUGAUUCGGAUCCUCAUGAGGGGGAGAACAAGAGGAAACGGGUACUUGAGCAUGGUGCUUCCUCUAGCCACUCACAACCGCAACCAAACCAACCCUCCUCUUCAAACAAACAACAACCCGGAUCCUCCUCUCAACCCAAAACCCACACCACUCAACCCAUAACAUCUAGCUAGGUUGCACCAGAUAGAACGUUUUUAGGCUCAUCUUUCAUAAAUGUUGACCAGGAAUGGAACGGAAAUCCUGAGGUUGCUACUUCAAGUGCAUUCAUCUAUUCAGACCAUCAGUUAGAACCUAGUUCUAAUCUGAUGUUAACGGGCAAUCACAGUGAUCCCGAUGUUACUAUUCACAGGUCACCAAAGCUGAAAGCUCCCUUUAACCAUCCAGGCCCAUCAAUCCAUGAUCAACUAGAAUAGAUUGUCCUUGACGAAAGAUGGAAUGGUGAAUGGGCUGAAUGGGAUGACAUCAGACAAGAGGUCGAGCAAUACGACGUGUAGAGAGGAUUCUGUUGAGUUUAAUCCAACACGAUAUAGUAAAUGUAUGUAUAAAUGUGUAUGAACAAGCUCAGUUUUUACGUGGAAACCCGAAAGGGAGAAAACCACGGGACUUUUUAGGCUAAUGUCCAAGCCCUCUCUUUCUCAUUAAGACUCUCCUCACCAUUACAUAGUACAUUUUGAGCUCCCAUUAAUGGAGUCUUGUAACCUAACUAAGAAGGAGGGAGAAGAAGAAGGGAUCCUUCAUAAGGAGGGAAAUCCUCCUAUUUAUAGGUAAAGGGGGAAAGGGGGCUCUCCACCCUAACGGGCCGGAUGGGCCAAAGUGGGCCCAAAGGCCGAGACAGGCCUGAUAGGCUAAAAUGGGCCUUACUGAUUGGGCUCCGUACUACAUAAAGUCUUGGGCUCCUGAACAUUAAUAGGCCGGGAUAAUAUAUCCCAACACAAGUCCCCCAGUUUCUUGAGUAGUGAGCGUGCCAAUCUGCUCGAGAAAAUAUACUCUUGUCUGCUCUCUUCCUCUGUCUUGCUGGAAACCGUGUCUUCGAAUAAUCAUAAUAUAAGAGUGGGUGACUGCCCCUCUGAAUAUAACCUGCCGUUAAGGCGCUCCCCUCCCGGCGGGGUCAGGCAAGGGAUGCUCUUCCUCGGACACUCUCCCCCUGAAUGUAUCAGGUGGGAGUAGAGGACUCUUACUCGAGCUUUCUAAUGGAGAAGCUUAUAGGUCCCUGCACAAUAUAAGCUGACGACGCGGAACUGGCAAUACAUGAUGUAUGUGUGUAUGUAUGAAUGUAUGAGGUAUGAUGCAUGAAUGUAUGUAUGCAUGUAAUGUAUGAGUGCAAUGUAAGAUGUGGCUUAAAGUGGUAGAUCUCAUCGAUAAACUGUACACGACGCCACCGAGGGGCCAAUCGUGCUACAUAAGAUGGGUCCCCCAUCCGGUACGCCAUGGGCGGAGCCGAAGAUGAACUAGACACGAUGCCGCCGAGGGGCUAAUCGUGCUGCAUAAGAGACGUUCAUCGCCAUCCUGGAAGAGAUGCGCGAUUUGAACGUGGAAACGAAAAGAUGGCGCUGAGGGGCCGAUCGUGCUGCAUAAGACGGGUCCCCCAUCCUAGAAGGUAUGGGCGGAGCCGAAGAUGGACUAGACACGAUGGCGCUGAAGGGCCGAUCGUGCUGCAUAAGAUGGGUCCCCCAUCCUAGAAGGUAUGGGCGGAGCCGAAGAUGAACUAGACACGAUGGUGUUGAGGGGCCGAUCGUGCUGCAUAAAGACGUUCGUCGCCAUCCUAGAAGGGAUGGACGAGCCGAACAGGAGCCAGACACGAUGGCGCUGAGGGGCCGAUCGUGCAGCAUAAAGACGUUCGUCGCUAUCCUGGAAGGGAUGGGUGAGCCAAACAUGAGCCAGACACGAUGGCGCUGAGGGGCCGGUCGUGCUGCAUAAAGACGUUCGUCGCUAUCCUGGAAGGGAUGGGUGAGCCAAACAUGAGCCAGGCACGAUGGCGCUGAGAGGCUGAUCGUGCUGCAUAAAGACGUUCGUCGCCAUCCUAGAAGGGAUGGGCGAGUCGAACACGAGCCAGGCACGAUGGCGCUGAGGGGCCGAUCGUGCUGCAUAAGACGUCCGUCGCCAUCCUAGAAGGUAUGAGUGAGCUGAACAAGAACUAGACACGAUGGCGUUGAGGGGCCGAUCGUGCUGCAUAAGACGUUCGUCGCCACCCUGGAGGGUAUGAGCGAGCUGAACAAGGACUAGACACGAUGGCGCUGAGGGGCCGAUCGUGCUGCAUAAGACGUUCGUCGCCACCCUGGAGGGUAUGAGCGAGCUGAACAAGGACUAGACACGAUGGCGCUGAGGGGCCGAUCGUGUUGCAUAAGACGUUCGUUUCCACCCUGGAAGGUAUGAGCGAGCUGAACAAGGACUAAACACGAUGGCGCUGAGGGGCCGAUCGUGCUGCAUAAGACGUUCGUCGCCACCCUGGAAGGUAUGAGCGAGCUGAACCAUAAAUCCUGGUGCUGUCCUUCCUGUCUCAUAUGGGCAGCUGAUCUUCGUUCGUCUACCGUAUCCGUGGUCCUAUGUACAGACCGCUAAGCGGUGUACACUCUGCACGCAACAGACUUCGGUAAAGAACUGGUCCCUCCUAUCUGAUCUAGAGAGCUGGUCUUCAUUCGUCUACCGUAUCCGUGGUCCUAUGUACGGACCGCUAAGCGGUGUACACUCGGCACGCAACAGACUCUGGUAAAGAACUAGUCCCUCCUGUCUGAUCUGGGGAGCUGGUCUUCGUUCGUCUACUGUAUCUGUGGUCCUAUGUACGGACCGCUAAGCGGUGUACACUCGGCACACAACAGACUCCGAUAAAGAACUGGUCCCUCCUGUCUGAUCUGGGGAGCUAGUCUUCGUUCGUCUACCGUAUCCGUGGUCCUAUGUACGGACCGCUAAGCGGUGUACACUCGACACGCAACAGACUCCGGUAAAGAAUUGGUCCCUCCUGUCUGAUCUGGGGAGCUGGUCUUCGUUCGUCUACCGUAUCUGUGGUCUAUGUACGGACCGCUAAGCGGUGUACACUCAGCACACAACAGACUCCGAUAAAGAACUGGUCCCUCCUGUCUGAUCUGGGGAGCUAGUCUUCGUUCGUCUACCGUAUCCGUGGUCCUAUGUACGGACCGCUAAACGGUGUACACUCGGCACGCAACAGACUCCGGUGGAGAACUGGUUUACCCCGCCAGAGUUCCCGUUUUUCGUUCACUACCUAUCUGUGGUCCUACGUACUUCCCGCUAAGCGGAGUACGCUCGGCACGCGACAGACUCGUGUAAAGAACUGGUUUAUCCUGCUAGGAUUCCCAAGUCUCAGGUUCUAAGCCCGUCCCCCUCUAUCGUUUUUUUCUUUUGUAUGGCUCGUUUGCUUUUUUUUUUUGCUUUUUUUUUUUUUGCUUUUUUUUUUGUUUUUGAGGGGGGGAAAUACGUUCGUCGGUUCCAAGAAUGAAUACAAGUGAUGUCAAAUCUGAUGGUGGUGGGUUACCGAAACGAAUAUAAUGACGAAGCGAUGUAAUUGCUGGUCAUCAUGCGAAGGCGAUGGUCACCAUCCGGGAGGGGAGUGGUGAGCCCGAUCGCUAACCAAAGAAGGUCGGCAUUGGGAACUGAUAUACAGGUAAUCAUAAUGUCACUGAGUAGUCGGUCCUGAUAAGAAGAUGACAAUGGUGUCAAGUCAGACCAAAACAUCCGAGCAACGGCUCUCAUCCGCGCAGCGCGGGGAUGAAACCGGUCUUCAAAUAUGAUGGUGGCACCGUAUCAGGGGGUCGGUGGUCAUGUAAAAAUGUCGACACUGGGGACUGACCAGAGAGUAUCAAGCAACGACCCUCAUCCGCGAGGAGCGGGGAUGAGGCCGGUCUUCAAAUAUGAAAAGCACGCCGAGCCGGGAGGCUGGUCGUGAUAUAAUGAUGUCGGCAAUGAGAGGCCGACAUGACAGAAUCAAGCAACGGCCCUCAUCCACGAAGGGCGGGAAGAGGCCGGUCUUCAAAAGAUAAACACGUCGUGCCGAGAGGCCGGUCAUGAUGUAAUGAUGUCGGCAGUGAGAGGCCGACCUGAAAGAAUCAAGUAACGGCCCUCAUCCGCGAGGAGCGGGGACGAGGCCGGUCUUCAAAGGAUGAACACGCCGUGCCGAGAGGCCGAUCGUGAUAUAAUGGUGUCGGCGCUGAGGGGCCGACAGAGAGAAUCAAGCAACGGAUCUCAUCCGCGAGGAGCGGGGACGAGACCGGUCUUCAAAUAUGGAACACACGCCGUGCCGAGAGGCCGGUCGUGAUAUAUAAUGGUGUCGACGCUGAGGGGCCGACAGAGAGAAUCAAGCAACGGCUCUCCUCCGCGAGGAGCGGGAACGAGGCCGGUCUUCAAAUAUGGAACACACGCCGUGCCGAGAGGCCGAUCGUGAUAUAUAAUGGUGUCGACGCUGAGGGGCCGACAGAGAGAAUCAAGCAACGGCUCUCCUCCGCAAGGAGCGGGAACGAGACCGGUCUUCAAAUAUGGAAUACACGCCGUGCCGAGAGGCCGGUCGUGAUAUCAUAGUGUCGGCAAUGAGAGGCCGACAGAGAGAAUCAAGCAACGGCUCUCCUCCGCGAGGAGCGGGAACGAGGCCGGUCUUCAAACAUGGAACACACGUCGUGCCGAGAGGCCGGUCGUGAUAUCAUAGUGUCGGAAAUGAGAGGCCGACCUGAUGUAAGGAUGGUCUCACGGCCCUCGGUCGUGAUGGUCUCCUCUAGGCCCUCGGCCUCUGAAUGAUGGAUGAUCGUCUCACGGUUUUCCGCCGUGGUAGUCCCCUCUAGACCCUCGGCCUCUAGGUGUUCUUUCCUAGGCCAUCGGUCUCUGGGGUGGAGAUGCUCGUCUCGCGGCUCUUAGCCGUGAUGGUUUCCUCUCAGCCCUCGGCCUUUUGGGGAAGUAUGAACGUCUCGCGGCCCUUUGCUUUAGCCGGUUGGAACGUCUUCGGAACUCAUGCCGAGCGUCAUUUAAUCUUCUGCUCGAACGCAUCGAGCGACCUUGACUGCAUAACUAACAUGGUAACGGGCCGCACGGCCCGACAAUAUAUAUACAUAGCCAUCUGCGUGGUUUUCUUUUUUCAACACCCACGAUUACCGGCCUAUGAGUUACCGUGACCCUCGACCUGGCUCAUCGUGUGGGGUUCUCGAACACGGUUGCCCGUGGUGGGGCCACUUAGCAGCCCGCCGAACGUCUCAUAAAAAUAAUCAUUGGUCUGUGAGUUUGAGAACUCAGACUCACGCUUGUCGCACUACCCUCGAAAAACGAGGUUGAGCGCUUUGGUGACCUCGGGCCCCAUAGGCCGCGUUAGCAACAAUCACUUCGCGCCUCAUGGCGUAGAUGGUACUAGGGUACGAUUGUCGAUCAGGCAUUGAUGCCAUGCGGACUAAUGCACAACCCCAACUUAAGAAGCGUCAUCGGGGCACUGCCCUCUGGAGACGUUCGGAUCGCUUAAUCAAGCUGAUCGAGAGUGGGCCAACGGCCCCACAAACAAUUAAGUAUUUAAUAAAAACAUUGGCUGAAGUAGCCAUCACCAGAGGUUCGCUCCGUACUAUUUAAUUCGGGACAUUUUUUAUCCCUAAUAAAUAAUAGUGAUACGACAGGUAAUAAUACUGACAUUACCUGCCACAGGCCAUUCAGAUACGCUCCGCUCGCUAAUUAAAGCCGGUCGGGAGCGGGGCGACGGGCCCACAACAACCAGUCAUUUAAUUUAAUGACGGUGAAACUAAUUAUCCCUAGAGCGUCGUUCGACAUUAUUUAAUUUUGGGAGGUUUUAAUCCCUAAUAAAUAAUGGUGAUAAAACAAAUUAACUAAUAAUAAUACUAGUGCAAAUACGAAGCAUUUUAACUAAAAAUCAUAAGCAAGAGUACUUAGCUUUUAGAAAGGAUGCUCGGCCAGAUAGGAAUUCCUGAAAUUAAUUUGGUUCCUUUAGCAAUUUUGACUUGGUCAAGAUGCUCCAAAGCUCAUCCCUCACCACCUUUCAUUCUCUUUCACGUGGCCCUCUGAGGGCCAAGCCAUAUGAAUGAUAUGCAGUACUUCGUAUCUUUUGGAAAGAUCAAAGCAAGACCCACUCGCCAUCCCAAGGACAACCGGUGUCAUGUCCGCUUGCUGGCGGUAGUCAAGGAGGUCGACGCGGCGUAAGGACGGUCAGAAAGGAUAAUCUCCGGUGUAAGAUCGGCUGGAACUUCGUAAUAUAUCUUUCCUGACUUCCCACCCGCCAUUAAUGGCGGAAAUCAAGAAGUCUCAGUCGGAAAAUCCCUCAGGCCGCGUCGGGGGAGGGGCUGGUGACGGCUUGAGCAGAGACCAACCAAGUGGAGUAGCGGCGGUGUGGCGGCCCAGGCGGUAGAACCAGCCGCCGGCGAUGAGCUACCUGUCGGAGACAGAGUUUUAUUAUUAAUCGGGACGAUGAGACCUGGGGCGCUGCAGUGAGUUUCGCCUGGUGCAUGUUAGCCCGCUAGAGGUUCCUUGGCGGCGGGGACGUGAAGGUGGCUCCGGCGGUCCCAACAAGGUCUGGAAAAAUCUAAAUGUAGACCUCCAGAUCUCGUAGCUUCCUUACUUCCCAGAAGCAUAUCUCCAGAAUCGUUUCUUUUUCUUUCGUCGAAUCCAGUUCAUCCGUAUGAAUUUUUUCAUAGAAAUGAAGAACAACGUAAAUCUUUUUGGACAGAUUCCCACAGACGGCGCCAGUGUUGAGUUUAAUCCAACACGAUAUAGUAAAUAUAUGUAUAAAUGUGUAUAAACAAGCUCAGUUUUUACGUGGAAACCCGAAAGGGAGAAAACCACAGGACUUUUUAGGCUAAUGUCCAAGCCCUCUCUUUCUCAUUAAGACUCUCUUCACCAUUACAUAGUACAUUUUGAGCUCCCAUUAAUGGAGUCUUGUAACC